AUGGAGGUUGGCAAGUAGGUGAUAAUUUAUGUUUAUAAGGUCAUAUUGGAGGAUUAUGUGAAGAAUGUGAUAUAUAUAAUAUUAGAGGAUUUGGUUAUUAUUUUAAAAAUUAAUCAAACUUGUAAUGUAACAUAUGUCCAAAGGAAUUUAUUAAUUUAAUACCCUUUAUAUUUGUUUCUUUAUGGUAUAAGAAUUCUGUAUAAUUUAUCUAGGUCUCUAUUAUCGAUUUUAUUAUCAGUAAGAAGCAUUGAAAAAACAAAUUAAUUAUAUUCUUCAUUAAGUUUUAAAUAGAAAUUUAGAAGAAUAAUAUUUAAACUUAAUUAAGGUAAUAAUUCAUUUAAAAUAUUAUUAGAUCAUUAAAGUUUNUAUUUCAUAUAAUAUUAAUUUGAUAAUAUCAAAAUGUAUUUUUCUCAACAAUUAUGCUUCCUCAUUUGGAGGAGCAAUUUAUUUUGAAUCAAAUAAAAAUUAAUUAAAAUUGAUUUAAACUACAAUCAUGGAAAAUUCAGCCUAGGUUGCAGGUGGAAUUUAUUUUUAUGGAGAUAAUAAUUUAAAUGAAAAUAAUUUUAUUAACUCUAUUUUAUAAUUAAAUAAAGCUUACGAAUAUAGCAAUAAUUUAGUUGAAGUACCAAAUCAUUUAGGAUUGUCACUUAACAAUAAAGAAAUGAACUUUUAUUAAAAUAAAGAAAUAGAAUUGAUUACGAAUAAUCUUUUACUUAAUGAAUACAUAACAAUAUAAUAAGGUAAAAAAUUGAAAACUAAACAUUUAUUAAUACCAAGCAAUUAAAAAAUUGGAAAUUAUUGUUUGUACAAUCCAUCAAAAUUAGAUUGCUAUGAAUAAAUUAAUGAAAUUUCUAUUUCUCUUAGGAAUUAGAUGAAUGAAUUAUUAACAAAUUUUAGUGAUUCAAUUUGUGAAUUAAGCUAAACAAUUUUAUCCAAAGAUGGGUUAAUAAUAAAAGAAUAAUAAUUUUUAUCAAAAUUGUCUUUUAAUAAUCAUAAAAAUGGGUUUGAUUUAGGAACUCAAAUUUUUCAAUUAGAUCCUUAUUCAGAUUAAAAAAUAUAACUAAAAAUAUAAAUAGAUUGUAUUUUAUAAUAAAAUAGUAAUAAAAGAUUAAGAUAUAUAAUUUAUGCAAAAAGUUAUUUAUGUUAAUUAGGAGAGUAUUAUGUUGAUAAAGGGUGUUAAUAAUGUUAAUCUAUUUAUGGAUAUUAUUCUGUUACUUAUAAUGCAACUAAAUGUUCAAUCUUUGAUAAUAAUAAAUUUAAAAAUAUCACAUCUAAUUAAAUUAAUUUAAAUCUUGGAUAUUGGAGACCAACUUAUUUAUCUGAUGCAACUGAAUUAUGUUUUAAAAAUAUAAUCUUUUGUAAUGGAGGUUGGCAAGUAGGUGAUAAUUUAUGUUUAUAAGGUCAUAUUGGAGGAUUAUGUGAAGAAUGUGAUAUAUAUAAUAUUAGAGGAUUUGGUUAUUAUUUUAAAAAUUAAUCAAACUUGUAAUGUAACAUAUGUCCAAAGGAAUUUAUUAAUUUAAUACCCUUUAUAUUUGUUUCUUUAUGGUAUAAGAAUUCUGUAUAAUUUAUCUAGGUCUCUAUUAUCGAUUUUAUUAUCAGUAAGAAGCAUUGAAAAAACAAAUUAAUUAUAUUCUUCAUUAAGUUUUAAAUAGAAAUUUAGAAGAAUAAUAUUUAAACUUAAUUAAGGUAAUAAUUCAUUUAAAAUAUUAUUAGAUCAUUAAAGUUUUUUAAUUAAGAUGUUACUCAAUUACUUAUGGAUUUUUUCAGUUAUUUUUAGUUUUAAUAUUGAAUUCUCAAUUUCAAUAACAUUUUUUGAAUCAGCCAGUAAUUCUUCUUUUGUCUUAGCUAAUAGUUUAGAUUGUCUUUUAUCUAUAUCAUAAUUUGAAUAGAUGAUAGAAUUAAAAUAUUCAAGAAUUAUAACUAUGCUAAUCUUGAUAGUUGUUCAAUUAUUAUUUAUUAGUAUUGGUUUUAAACUUCAUUCAAUUUUCAAUGAUUAUUAUUUAAGAACAAGCAUAAUUACUAACAUUAUUUUAUAUUUAUAUCUUUAAAAUAAUGCAAGUUUGGUUAAGCAGUAUAAUUAUAUUGAUAAAAUUAGGUUUAUAUCAUUAUUAGCAAAGAGAUAAAUUUCUAAUAUUGAUUUCAUUUAAGGAGAUGUUUCAUCAAAAUUUGAGUCACCAACUCAUUAUAAAUGGAUUUUAACUUUUCUACUUCCAGGAGUAGUGAUUGUUGGAUUUGGUAUACCAAUUUUAUUAUUUUUAUUAAUGUAUCUAAAGAAAGAAAAAUUUGAAAAUAUUAAACUUCGUAGACAUAUUGGUUAUUUAUUCAACGAAUAUAAUCAAUCUAGCUAUUUUUGGGAAUAUAUAAAAAUUUUGAAAAAGACUGUGAUAAUAGUAAUAAUAGUUUAUUUUGAGACAAAUUUAUUUUUGAAAGCAUCAUUAUUGGGAAUAUGUUUGUUAUUAUAUUAAUCAUUAGCUCAAAAUUAAUAACCAUUAAUAAUUAAAAGCUUAAAUAAAUUAGACAUUUAAACUUGUUAAUUGUGCUCUUUAACUAUUUUUUUAGCAGUAGUAAAAUAUAUAAGCUAGUAAAAUAGUAAUCAAUUUUAUUCUGUCAUAUUAUAGAUAUUCAUAUUUCUUCUUUGGAUUAAACUUUUCUACUCAUUUACAUUUAAAAUUUUACUUACAUAUUGGAAAAAAUAUAAGAUUGUCAUUUUGAGUUUCAUUUUAUAAAAUCUAUAAAGAAUUGUUACUAAUUCAAAAUUUUCACGUUAUUUGGGAAAUAAAAUAUCAAUAUGGAAGACAAAAAAUGAACAAAUAGCAAAGAAUUAUAAUAAGUUGAAAUUAUAUUUACUAUCUUAAUCUAAAGUAUAGAUAGAAAAUUAAAAGUAAUUAAUAAUUUAAUUAGGUAUCUAAUGA